CACUUCGGUUUUCUUCAUCUUGGUCCCUUACCUCCUGCAGGUCGCCCAGUCUCUGUGUGGAGAAGACUUGAUCAUUAAGGGGAUCAGCGUGCACAUAUCCAACGCCGAGCCUAAGCACAAUAGCAAUAGACAGUUAGAGAGAAGUGGAAGAUUUGGUGGUAAUCCAGGUGGCUUUGGGAAUCAGGGUGGCUUUGGGAACAGUCGAGGGGGUGGAGCUGGCUUGGGGAACAAUCAAGGCAGUAACAUGGGCGGGGGGAUGAACUUUGGGGCGUUCAGCAUUAACCCAGCCAUGAUGGCCGCGGCGCAGGCAGCCCUGCAGAGCAGCUGGGGGAUGAUGGGCAUGUUGGCCAGUCAGCAGAGCCAGUCAGGCCCGUCGGGCAAUAACCAAAGUCAAGGCAACAUGCAGAGGGAACCCAACCAGGCCUUCGGCUCUGGAAACAACUCCUACAGUGGCUCCAACUCGGGGGCAGCGAUUGGCUGGGGCUCAGCGUCCAACGCAGGCUCAGGUAGUGGUUUCAAUGGCGGCUUUGGUUCCAGCAUGGAUUCCAAGUCUUCUGGCUGGGGAAUGUAGACAGUGGGCUGUGGUAUGGAAUGGUGGGAAUUCGAAUUUUUCUAAACUCAUGGUAAGUAUAUUGUAAAAUACAUAUGUACUAAGAAUUUUCAAAAUCGGUUUGUUUGGUGUGAAGUAUAUUCCGCAGUAUUUUUGACAUUUUUCUUUAGGGGAAAAAAAAGAAGAGCUAAAGGAAUUUUAUAAGUUUUGUUACAAAAAGGGUUGAAAUAUUGAGUGGUUGAAAGUGAGCUGCUGUUUGCCUGCUGGGUAAACCAACACACUACAAUUAAUAUCGAAAGGUUCCUCCUGUAAUGUUUUAUCCCUGGACUUGUCGAGUGAAUCCUUUGCAUGUUCAAAGUGGAAGCCAUUGAUUUGGAGCUACAUUCUUUUCUCUUUGGUUUAAUUUGAACCCCACCAGAUGGAUUUUUUCCCUUAGGAGAUGAUGGUGUCACAGUGUUUGGUCCGUUGGGUUUUGCGUUUUUAACACUUGUCUGCCCUCACAUGCAAAAGUACGAUAUGAAGCCUUCGUUUAAUCUCUGCAGUUCAUCUCAGUUCAAAUGUUUCUGGAAGAAGCACUUCAUUGAAAGUAGUGCUGUAAAUAGUCUGCCAUAGGAAGGCUCUGCACACUCUCCGCCAGGAGCACGCCCUCGGCUGCGCAGGCCGUGUCCUUGACGGUGGGUGUCCCAUUUCUAUCCACUACUCUUUAUUUCAUGGAGUCGUAUCAACGCUGUGAACGCAAGGCUGUGAUAUGGAACCAGAAGGCUGUUUGAACUUUUGAAACCUUGUGUGGGAUUGAUGGUGGUGCCGAGGCAUGAAAGGCUAGUAUGAUCGGGGAGCAGAGCGCGUGCAGAGACCUGGUGGUGCAUAAUGGAUACUUUUAACUUGGGCGAGAUGUGUCUCUCCAUCCGGUGGCUUUGGUGCGAGAGUGUGCGGAGAGCAAUGAUAGGAAAUAACGUACGAAUGUUCUUGCAUUCAAAGGACAGCCACAUUGUUGGAAGACUCGAAGUGAGUUUUGUUCCUAGAUAAGCCACGUUAGCUGAAUGUGUUAAGUGAAACGACACUUGUAUCUCCCUGCCCCUCUGUCAAUUGCUGUGAAUGCUGUAUGGUGUGUGUUCCCGCUGUUCCUGACCUGUACGUGUGGGCAUGUGGACUGGAGCUGCUGGGGUGAGCACAUGGACUGAGCUUGGGCUGUGCUUUGCAGGAGUCCUGGGAAGCGGAGUUCAGCAGUGAGCUCAGGUGGCUCCGAGAAGGGUGGAAGUUCCAAUGUCUGUUAGCUACCCAUACGAAUGCUGUUUGCUGCAGUUCUGUGUCCUGUGCUUGGAUGCUUUUUAUAAGAGUUGUCAAUGUUGGAAAUUCUUAAAUAAAACUGAUUUAAAUAAUAUGUGUCUUUGUUUUGCAGCCCUGAAUGCAAAGAAUCCAUAGCAGUUAAUUCCCCUUUUUGACCCUUUUGAGAUGGAACUUUCAUAAAGUUUCUUGACGAUAGUUUAUUUUGCUUCAAAUAAACUUAUUGAAAAGUUGUCUCAAGUCAGAUGGAUUCAUCACCUGUCAGGCCUGACACCUGACACCCAGAUUUAAUUGCUAUUCGUUCUUGCAUUGUCCAAAGUGAAAAGUUUUUUGAUUUUUUUUUCUUUUCCCUCUUUUUGACACAAGUCUGGGUGCCCACCCAUGACAUGGUAAGCAGUGCCUCUGCGUCUGGGUGGUGCUCUCCCAACAUGGCCUGUGUCGGUCUCCAUUGGGAAAACAUGACUUUAAACAUUCUCACUUGGGGGACUGGGCAGUGCAGUAGUAUUUCCAGUGCUUUGUAGCAAAACGCGUCAGCUGGAAAAGGACUGUAUGAACACCUUCCUAGUUGGGGAUUUAAAAAGUGGAAUUAAUUGCAACAGGGAUAAAGUGGAAGAAACCACAGAUUUUCUUGUGCCUAAAAUCCAUUAGAAGCCUGAUAGCUUUAAGAACUAGCAGGGGGAGUGGUCUGUCUGAAAGGGUUAAAUGGGCCGAGCCGCCAGUUGUGGGGGCGUGCGGUGACGGACAGAGCUCAGACCAGACUCAGCGUGCGUUGUGAAGUAUGUGAAAGCAAUAAUACAUUCUCAAUUGUACUUUUGAUGUAAUCUGUGAGAGGAGAGCUCGUUUUCUAAUUGGAAGAAUGUGAUAGUUUUGUGUUGUAGCUUACCUAAUCAUGCCCUUACCAAAUCAGAUUAUGGUAAAUAGGUGUCAUUUGUAAGUCACCCUCAGCGUUGUGAUUGCCACAUUGGUUUGUUAGUCAGUUUCCUCUGUAAAAGGAUCUUGAGUUUUGAAUUUUUCUGCAUCUGAGUCUGCAUGAUUUCCAAACCCUGUACCAUCUGAAUUUUGCAUUUUAGCAUUUGCGCUGUUACUCAGCAGCGGUAACAUGGUAACACUCCACAGACUAAACUGACAGCCUGCAAGGAGCCGGGGUAAGUUAACUUGUCAAUGGCAUGGUUUUACUCCCUUGUUAUCACUGUGUAAAUCUAGUCACUGGUCGUAGAAGGCUUUCACUGUUGAGUAGCCUUUUAUUAACAUGUUUCCGCUUCUGCGAUAGUGUGGGUGUAUAUCCUGCCCUAGCAAAAAAAUUGAAACUUAGAAGUACUUGAACUAUUUGGCAAAGAUUUGUUUUUGAAAGUCUAUUUGGUCAUCUAAAUGCGUUUAUUCUAAAAAAGAUUUUUUUGAACCACACAUUGAAUAAAAAAUUUUAUUGCCACCA